AUGACCAGCCUGGUCUUGCUCCCAGAGCAUCGAAAUACACUGCUGCAGCACCUGUUAGCUUCUGUGUGCGACACACCAGGCUUUCCUCCAAUCUCAAUAAAUGCAGGGAAUGAGAUUCAAAUUCUGGAGUGGUCAAGACCUGACCUGAACCCCAAGUUUGUCCAUGUGCGGCGUGAUGGCGAGGAUGUGCCCGCCGAGCAAAACCCAGCGUACAGAGGAAGAACAUCAGUGUCCACUGAGAAUCUGAAGCACAGAGACCUGUCACUGAAACUCUCCACGGUGGAGCUGUCUGAUAGCGGCACGUACAGAUGCUACGUUCCAGAAGUGAACAAGACAUCAGUCAUCGGUCUUUCUGUUGAUGACAUCCCUGGGACUCCUGUAUAUGGGAUCGUUGCCGCGGUUAUGGUCAUGAUGUUUGCCCUCAUCAUUCUCUGUGUGAUAUUUUAUUUUCUUAAUUUCUUUUGAUUCCAUUACAUAAAGUUAUAAUGCACUUACAAAAGUUGUUUUAGCCUGCAUUUACCAUUACACCAACCUGUUCUCAUUCCUAAGUCCUCAAGCUUGGUCGACGAUUUCAAUUAGUAACGCAGCUGG